UGAGAGCAGAAGAGGAGGGUGGACACGGAAGCAGAGGGAGGGGUUACUGUCAUUUUGGAUACUGACUCCUGUUGAAUUCAGUGAGUGCCGAAAAGUGCUCCACUCUGCCUGAUCCAUUAGGUCUACUGGUCUAUCGGUUUCCCGAGGACUGUUUGCACAAAGGUGUGAGGUUGUGUGCAUAAGGAAUAAGAGGCAUCCAAGAAGUUUUGAAGAAAAGUUCCUGUAGUUUUCUUCAUCUGAAUCUUCUGUGAGCCGCAAAGAUGGAGCGGAUGCAGGACGAAAAGCCGCCGAAGAAGGUGACCCUUUACCUGCUCUUCAGCGUUUCAACAGCUGUCAUCGGCUCGCUACAGUUUGGCUACAACACCGGGGUCAUAAACGCACCAGAGCAGAAACUGCGUAGGUUUUUCCAGAAUGUGUCGAUGGAGCGCUACGGGGAGCCUUUCAGCCCAGGAACCAACACCAUGGUGUGGAGCUUUGCAGUCGCCAUCUUCAGCGUGGGAGGCAUGGUCGGGUCCUUCUCUGUCGGAGCCGUUGUCACCAAAUUUGGCAGGCGUAAGUCCAUGCUGCUUGCUAACAUCCUGGCUAUCAUCGGGGGGGGUUUCAUGGGACUGUCGGGCCUGGCUCGUUCUUACGAGAUGGUCAUCGUGGGGCGGUUGAUCAUCGGUGUGUUCUGCGGUCUCUGCACGGGGCUGACACCCAUGUACGUGGGUGAGAUCGCCCCCACUGCUCUCCGAGGAGCCUUCGGCACGCUGCAUCAGCUGGGUGUGGUGAUUGGCAUCCUGGUGGCACAGGUCUUUGGUCUGGAGUUUCUGCUCGGCUCAGACGUUCUGUGGCCUCUGCUGCUGGCUCUCACCAUCCUGCCGGCCAUCGUGCAGAGCAUCCUGCUGCCUUUCUGUCCUGAAAGCCCCCGCUACCUGCUGAUCGUCCUCAACCAGGAGGAGGAGGCCAGGAAAGCCAUGGUGCGUCUGCGCGGCUGUGAGGAUGUGAGCGAUGAUAUUAAUGAGAUGAAGGCAGAAGGGAUGAAGAUGGCCUUGGAGAAGACAGUGACCAUCCCUGAACUCUUCCGCUCCCCAAACUACCGCCAACCAAUCAUCAUAGCCAUAAUCCUGCAGCUCUCCCAGCAACUGUCUGGUAUCAACGCUGUGUUCUAUUAUUCUACAGGUAUAUUUGACACAGCUGGUGUCACUCAACCCAUCUACGCCACCAUAGGAGCUGGAGUUGUCAACACCGUGUUUACUGUAGUUUCCCUCUUCCUGGUUGAACGGGCGGGGCGAAGAACCUUGCAUCUGAUUGGUCUGGCAGGAAUGGCUUUCUUUGCCCUCAUUAUGACGAUCUCCCUGGUUUUGGUGAAGGCCAACCCGUCUCUGAGCUACCUGGCCAUCGUGGCUGUGUUCGGCUUUGUUGCCAGUUUUGAGAUGGGUCCAGGUCCAAUCCCCUGGUUCAUCGUGGCUGAGCUCUUCUCCCAGGGGCCCCGGCCUGCUGCCAUGGCCGUCUCCGGUCUGUCCAACUGGACCGCCAACUUCCUCGUGGGGCUGGGAUUCCCUAAACUUGAGGAACUUUGUGGUCCUUACGUCUUCAUCAUCUUUAUGGUCCUCCUCAUCCUGUUCUUCAUCUUCACCUUCCUGCGAGUACCAGAGACGAGAGGCAGGACCUUUGACGACAUUGCUCAGGGAUUCGCUGCCAGCGCGGGAAAACCCUUCGCGGUUCCUGAGCCGAUGGCCGUCGGCCUGACCGAGGGAAAAGAAGGUCCUCCAACCUCCCCCACAAGCAAGGUCCCCAUGGUGGGUCUUCCUUAGAAAGAAGAAGUAAAAGAAAUCCGGACACAACACAGACAAAAGGUUUUAAACACAUAGAUAUAAGGAGCUAUAUUUCAUAACACACAAACGUUUAAAGCAUUAAAGGUUCCCUCGUCACAAACAUGCUUUAAUAAUUGACAGAGUUCCCUGUAAUCCUGCUUUAAACAUGGGCCAAACUUAACUGAAUUACUAGUACUUAAUAAUAGUUGACAUUCCCAUUGCCAGCCCUACGCAUACUGCCAUAUAAGAGGAUCAACAUAUGUUCAGCCUUAAGUCCCAGGUCUUCAGCUACCCCCAUGCUAAAAGGUUGUGGGAUUUGGGGGGGUUUAUGUAUUGAGGUCAAGCUUGAAAAGCUGGUUUUGGAUCCUGGUAGUUUGACCCAAAAAAGAACGACUGACUUGCUGUCCUGUCUGCAUGCCUGAUGUGCCUUGCUGCCUGGGGGAGGGAGCCAUGUUGUCUUGAGUAGACAGAGUGAGUAUAGAGGUGUUACAGCAGCCCCUCUCCCAUUUAAGUGUGCAAAAAAGCACUAUAAACUUAGAAUACAAAUAUUUAAGCAUGUAGCAGAAUAUAAAUAUGUAUUAUCAUCCUGGAGCACAACAUCUCAUGAGAGUAGAGGAUGUUUGAAAUUAUAGAAAUAAUGAAGACAGGUCUGUAAAUUACAGCUGUCUGUAUGAACCACGGUAGGCUAACACUGUCAGGCCUUAAAAAGUCUGCUCAUAGGAUUUCUGCUCCUAAAAAACCCAACCUCUGUUUUCAAUGAUUUCAGCCAGUAUUUUGUAGUCGUUUACAGUAAGCAUUACAACCGUAGGAUAAACUCAGGUGGCUACAUUUAUCAUCACUGUACUUGAAACUCUCUUGACAUCAGUAUGAAGCAGUAACUUCUGCAUCCUAGGCUAACAUCAUAUUGCCGGCUCUAAAAUAGCGUUACAUUAAAUCAAGUGCUCAUCAGUGUUAAACAGUCAUUUGUGGUAAAUGUUUUGUAUUGAAACACUUUAAAAUCGACUGAUAACAACAAUACGUAUCUAACAUGAAAGAUAUUGGAAAAUAUUACAAUGAUGAUCUUAACCAAGAGGUAUAGUAAUGUUGAGUAAUAACACUAAAUGAAUUGCAUUUAUUUUAGUAGUUAACGCACAAAAAAUGCCUUAUUGAUUGUUGUGCUUUCUAAUUUUCUGAAAUGAUGCCCAUAAAUAUUGUAGAAUCUUCAGUAACUGAAUCAGGAUAAACUAUUACAACAUAGUACAUAGGCUUAUAUCUGUUGUGUUAAUGUUUGUACAGUUGUACUUCUUCUUGGAUAUGAGCACACUCAUAUGGAAAACAUUUUCAAUGUUUGAGCUUAGUAGCAUUUUAUUUGCACUUUGGCAGUCGGACCAGUUUGUAAUAAUUGUUUGUAUUGUGCGUUUCUCUGUAAAUAUAAUGUGUGCAUUAGGAUGUUUGGUUGUGCCUCAUAAUCCUGUCUAAUCUGCUACAUUGACUGAUUUGUCUUGCACUGUCACAAUGGUGGAUGUCACUGUUGCUUAAUGGUAAACAGAAGUCAGGAGUGUUAAAGCUUGAGUGUGCGUGAGAGUCACAGUAUCAUCAUGUAUGCCACUAAUAAUAUUAGUGACACUUGCUUUGAGAAACUAAAAAAGGAAAUAAAGUUGUCCAUCUUUAAGGGAAUGUGUGACUUGAAUUAUGAAUUAUUUCACUGUCUGUAAUGCUCGAGUCAAAGCAAUGAAUGUUUAAUGUGAUUGCAGUCUCUGUGCUAAAGUGAGAGUGUGAUUACUGUGGCUACUCCCUUUCUGCACCGCAUCAGCUGUGCUGUUAUACACUGUAGAGAUAACCAAACCUCAGAAACAUUGAAAUAAAGCCAUAAGUUAAAGAA